AUGGGCCCGAUAAGCGGGUCCAUAGAGUCAUGCAAGCCCAUCUCUCUCUCUAAGGCCUCUGCUAUCCUCGAUCUCUUCCUUUCCAAUGAUAUUGGCGCGGAUCCUUCCGUCUCUGAAACCCUGAAACACGUUGCCUUUUCCCUCAAAAGCAUUGCAAGACCAAAGCAUAGAAACAAAACCCCAAAACGAAGAACCCUAAAACAAGAGAAUGAUAGAUUUGGAGAAGGAGAGGAAUCCAAAAGCAGAGGUGUUGACAGUGAAGAGUUUGUGGAGAGAAAAGAGUCAAAAAAUGAAGCUCCCGAUGGUGUUAGCGGUGAAGUUCUGAGCUUUGUGAAAGAGGAGAAACCUGAGUUGGUUUCUGAUGUCGAUCAGUCUGAGGGAAGAGAGAGAAAGAAGAAGAAAAAGAAGAAGAGGAAAGUAGACGGCGAAGAUGAGCUAUCGGAUAGUUGCGAACACCACAAGAAAAAGAAGAGGAAGAAAGAUGAAAUCCAGGAGUAG